AUGAUGAGCCAAAUUGGCAUCUCUACUCAGGGCGCUUUAGAUGCCCUGAGAAGACAGCUGGGACCUGGCGUUGAUCCUUUGUACGACGCUUCGAAGCGCGACUCCCACAAGCCAUGGCAGCUGUCGAAGUCAGAGGAAGGUGUGCACGAGAGCUCGGGCAGCAUCGACCAGCUGCGACGAGCCUUGCGGGAGGUGGUUGGUGUGACCACGGAGCAGGAUCAACCCCAGGGUGAGGUCGAGACUCAGGACGAUGCGAAGCUCUCACCCGCUCAGAUUAGAGCUUUGCGAGAGCAGAAAAGGCCAAUGUCGUCUUUUGUCUCCAGCAGCAGAGAUCAGAUGACCUCCCUGGCAGUGGAGAACCGUUUCCGGCUGGCACCACCACCAGGGUCCUACAGACCGAGCACUCACCUUUGUGAGCCUAGAGUGAAGACUCCAGUUUUCCGGGUGCCGGAUGGAACGCUGAGCAGAAAGCAGAAGGUCUUCGAGCGGGAGGUGGCUAAGCUUCAGGCUGCAGGAAAGCCAUACGAGCACUUACUGCAAGGCGUUAGAAGCGUAGAGCUUCUGGACCAGCCACCUGAAAAGCUGCAGAGAGCUAUCACAACACCUGAUCUGGAAAGAUAUACAGCCAGGCCAGACAUGAUCAAGUUGGCAAAUAUCCACUUCCACGACAGCGAGUUUACAGACGGUGUCCUAGAUGGAGAUGUUAGCACCUCCAUGAUUCUCCGGAGCCCAAAAUGGGACUUUGCAAAGCUUUCUGCAUCUCAACGCAAGGACUCUGACACAUACUUUCAGCCAGGGCAGUACAAACCAAACCUCGAUGCGGUGCGACCGAAACUAGAGACCAAGAACAUUCCUUUCAACAAGCUCCCGCCCCGGAAGCCCUUGAAGGAGACAGUGGGCCGCUUCGAGUUGGAUGGGAGAGAAGGCGAUCACUUGCCAGAUAGGUCUCUUUCCAGAAGCUGCCCAUUCUUGAUGCCUAGACUACACAGUCCUAACUUGUCAAAAGACUCAGAGCGCCCGCCGAUCAUGGGCAGAAGGAAGCCCUGGCAUGACAUCAAUGAUGCAGAGGUUGAUAGAGUCGUCUAUGAUUACGAGAUGAAUUUCAACAUCAUGGAGUGCGAGAAGGCUCGCUGGAAGCCACAGACCGCGGGAGACUUCAGCAAGAGCUUAAGCAGGAAGCAGCACUUGCGUGCAAUGAGGAUGUAUGGCCAGGAUGCGGCUCUGCUCAAGGCAAAAGCCAACCUGACCGAAGGUCCUGUGAGUGUAGAGCUUUUGUCUGACAUUGACAGUAGUCCGAUGCUCCACCCCAAGGUGAUGUCUCCUCGGUUCGAGAUGAUGGCUAUGAGAGAACCAGAGCACAAGUAUGCGGAAUCGCCUGCUCGCCUGAAAGAUGCGAAGGGCACCAAAUUCAAGCGUGAGCUUCGAUCUGGUGAGUCCUGGACUGACACUGGGAGCCAGUCCCUUACACUUGCUGCGACUUGGAGGGGAAUGCCCUGUGCUGUGCACAAGGGGAAUUGUACCCACCUGUGUGCUGUGUGUCAGAACCGACCGCUCUACGUGUACCAAGCACGACUCGCGCAAGUUGUGUCGGUCCAAGCCCAGGCCAGUUGCAGUCAAGUAGCAAAGAAACAGCUCGUUAUAAUUCGUUAUGUAAUUACUAGUAGCGAUGGCCUCCAACUACUAGCGAUGGCCUCAACUCCAACCUAG